AGCUGACUCAGUCCACCACAACUGUGCGGUGUUGUAAGGUGCGUCCCUUCAAACGAUGCAGUUCAAUCACGAUGAACUUUCCUCACCGGAGUGGUUAAAUGAUGAAUAUUUUCGGCACGUUUUGUGUAAGCUAGAAUGUGAUUCGAACGUUCGUCUCAUCGGUGCGUGUGUGCUCCGGCCGGGUACCAAAGCUGGCGAUCAUUUUGCAAGCGUUAUGUACCGAACGACAUUACAAUACCAUUGCACCGCGAACGUGAAGAAAACGAUCAAUCUCAUCAUGAAGAUUAAGCCAGACACAGACGGGUUCAAGAAAGAUCUGCUUGAUGGUGAUGAUUUUUUUGGCAAAGAAAUCCGAAUGUACACGGAAGUGCUGCCUCAAAUGGCAGCAGUAAUGCGAAGCAUUGGUGAGGAGUAUCAAUAUCCCAAAUUGGUGUUCGCAUCUCACGAGCCUCACACGAUAAUUAUUCUGGAGGAUGUGAGCUCACAGGGAUGGACAAUGGAAGGGUUGAUAAAAAGUUUUUCCGAAUUGGAGCCAACCAUAGAUGCAAUUGCCAAGUUCCAUGCAGCCUCUGUCGUGCUACAAGAGAAGGAUCCUACCUUUGCGUCCCAGUAUCAGUGCACCAUUGCGAAAAUAUUAUGCUCGAUGCGAGGUAUGACGGACGGCUGUUUUCGUUCAUUUAUCUCCUUUCUUAGUGAGACGGCGGAGCUUCAAGAGUUUGUCGCCCCGGUAGAACAUUUUCACGCCAAGAUCGAUGACACUUUGCAAGCGGCAUAUGCACGUAGUGAAACGUUUGCCAAUGUGUUGAUACACGGUGAUUUUCAUUUUAAAAAUUUGCUUCACCUACAGUCCGGUGGCAAAAUCGUCGAUACAAUUUUUGUGGACUAUCAGAUGUGCAGCUGGUGCUCGCCGGUGGUCGAUUUGUACUACCUUACCUACAUGAUACCGGAGCAAUCGGUAAAAAACGCUCAUCGUGAUGAGAUCAUUUAUCGUUACCAUCAAAAGUUUGCCAGUCUGCUACGACGGUUAAAAUAUCGUGGCCGUGUUCCGACAUUAACUGAGUUGCAAGUUGAGCUGCUAAGGAAAGCAGAAUUGGAACUCUACCAUUAUAUUGUGUUUUCUGCCUUCUUGCAUACCGAUUUAUCGAAGGUGGACUCCGAAGCAUUCUUUCUGGGACGCACAGACAAUCCGGCAUUGAAAAUGGAAGAGUUUAAAGAAACGAUGAAGACCGAAUUAAGGAGAUUUCUAUACCAUGGUAUAAUAGAAAAUUAUUUAUUCUGGCUAGCUAUCAUGUCGUGCCAUAGAGACCAGCCUGAGGCCCCGGCCUGGUUGAACGACGAGUUCUUCCGUGAUGUGAUGCGCGAAUCAAAUAACGAUUCGUCGAUCGAGCUGACCAGUGCCUGCAUUUUACGUCCUGGUACGAACAAAAAAGAUCACUAUGGUAGUGUAAUGUUCCGGACCACCGUCGCGUAUCAAUCAAAGCGCUUAGCUGAUGAAAAGUUCGUUGAUAUUAUCAUGAAAACGAAGCCUGAAGCAGACGGAUUGAUGAAAGAUCUGCUAGACGACGAUGGAUUGUUUGUGGUAGAAAUCGAGAUGUACAGCAAGGUUCUACCAGAAGUGACACGUUUGUUGAAGGAAAUAGGAGAGGAGUAUAAGUAUCCUCGAUACAUCUAUGGUACGAUAAAGCCGCACACUAUCCUUAUUUUGGAGGAUAUUAGUGGUCAAGGAUGGGUCGAAGGUGAUCUUAUCAACACGCUGGACGACAUGAAGCCGAUAGUGAAAAAUGUAGCCAUGCUCCAUGCAGCGUCCGUGAUCCUGGAAAGCUCUUUGAAGUGGGCUACCAGCAUGGCGUACAAUCAAGACGAGCUUGAGGCUCCGGGUUGGUUGAACGAUGAGUUCUUCCGUGAUGUGAUGCGCGAAUCAAAUAACGAUCCAACGAUCGAGUUAAUCAAGCCAUGUGUUUUACGUCCGGGCACCAAUAAAGGGGACCAUUACGCUAGUGUCAUGUUCCGCACGACCGUCACGUAUCGAUCGCAGCGUUCAAGUGAAGAGAAGUCGGUCAACAUCAUCAUGAAAACAAAGCCUGAAGCUGACGGAUUAAAGAAGGAGCUUUUGGAUGACGAUAGAUUAUUUGCGAUAGAAAUUGAAAUGUACAGCAAGGUUCUUCCAGAGAUGACAAGAAUGUUAAAAGAGAUAGGAGAAGAGUACAAAUAUCCUCGAUACAUUUACGGUGCGUUGAAGCCUCGCACGAUCCUGAUUUUGGAAGAUAUUAGUGACCAGGGAUGGGUGAUGGGCGAUUUCAUCAGCACGUUAGACGAUAUGAAGCCAAUAGUAAAGGAUAUUGCUAUGUUUCACGCUGCGUCCGUAAUGUUGGAAAGCGCUGAUUCUACAUUUGUGGCUAGGCAUAAUUACUCAAUCGCAGAGAAAUUUAUGGGCUUCAAAGGUAUGAUCACGAAGGGCUUUGGGGAUCUGAUGCACCUCACACAGACGUGUUCAGAGUUUGCACAUUUUGCAAGGCCGUUAGGUCGUUUCCAGGAAAAUUUGCAUAAUUUCUUCACUGCAUUAUAUAUCCCUUCGAAAACAAUCCAAAACGUGUUGAUACAUGGAGAUUUUCAUAGUAAAAACAUGCUGCAUCAAGUUGAUGCUGAAGGACGACACACCGAUACGAUACUGCUUGAUUAUCAAAUUUGUUGCUGGACCAGUCCAGCGGUUGAUUUGUACUAUCUACUGGAUAUGAUACCGACUCAAGAGGUGAAGGACAAACAUCGGUCUGAGUUGAUCUAUAUGUAUUAUCAACAGUACAGUGAUUUACUGAAGCGGCUAGGAUAUGUGGGUAAAAUACCGUCCUUGCUGGAUCUGCAGAUAGAGCUUCUACGAUAUGCUGGACUAGAGGUAUUCCACUACGCAAUGUUCAGUUCGUUUCGGUACAUGGAUCAAACAGCGAUUGAUAUAGAGGCAUACUUGAAGGGAGAGCUUGAAAAUCCUGCUUUCAACAAUCCAGAGUUCAAGAAGCUUAUGCAUAGCGAGCUAACACGCUUCCUACAUCAAGGAACAUUAUCGUGAAUGAAUGAUAAUCAAGGUGUUGGGUCGUGAAUAAAAAAGCUACUUCAUGUGUGAUUUGAAGUACUAGUGUGCAAAAAGUGCUACUAAUUACCUUAAUAAUUGACAGUAAAGACCGCCAUUGUCUCAAUAGGGUCGUUCAAAUGAAUCUUACACUUUGGACUAUAUACUUAGCGCUAUUAAUGUAUAUUCGUAAUCUUGUGUUCGUACAUUGUGCGACAGAAUGGACUAUGAAAAAAUAUACACUUUUAUAAUCUGAGGUUUGAACUCAGCAUAGAGCAGGAAAAUUGAUCUGCUGUAGAAAAAAAUCAAUGGUAGAAAUCUAGUCCACAAAAUCAUAAUAAAAAGUCUUAUUGCAUUAGGCUUCUGUAGGCAUGUAGGGUUUUGAGACACUUGAAGACCGUUGUUCCAUGAUUUGGGCCUCCUUGAUUGCCCCACUUAUGCUGUAUAUCACUGAUGUUUCGACUUUGAUCUCCUCUAUCCCUCUUUAUGUUCCCUCCAACCCCUUCGUAUGCGUCGCCCUUUAAAUAUUCCUACUCAUCGUACUGCUAUGUGUCGUAGGGACCCGGUACUACGUGCAUUGAGUGUCUUUAAUGAUUCUUCCCACCACUUUGAUUACCACCUUACCCUAACAUGCUUCCACAAUCGCCUAAAGUCCUAACUAUUAUGUAUACCCUUCUUUUACUUUUUUGUACUUAUGCUUCCUUUAAAUUUUACAAUGUUCUAUAAGUCCUAAUGGCUCAUUACUUUUGUUAAGAUAAUAAGAUUCGAUCUAGGUUCGUAGACUAGUACAUAAGAAUAUGUUAUGUAAAGCCAUACUGGCAAACAUUGAAAUACAUCGAAAUAUGGAAUAUGAAA